CAGACAGCUGAGAGUCAGCCAGAGUCAACAUGCGAUGUCAACUGAGCCGUAAGCAACCGGCGAUUUUGUUGGUGCGCGCGGACAGAUUCGAUUCGACUUUUCAGCCGUUUAGAUCGUUGGCGCGGAAGAAAAUUCAGUGAAACAUUUUGUGGUUGGGGGAGAGAAGAAGUAUGUGUGAUUAUUUUUCGGUCUAACGAGUUGUGUGUGGGAUGUUUUCCGUAAAAUUUUAGAACAUCUAUAAAAAAAAGUGUGUUUAAUUAUAGAAAAAAAAAUGUCACAACAUAUAAAUCAGUGAAGCGAAAGGGAAUUUAGAGAAAAGUAAAUAAAAGUGGGCGACGAAGGAUUAAAGUUGAAAUGAUCGAAGAGUUGCGCGACUGGGGGGAAUUCGAGCAGAAUUAAUGUCAAAUAUUUAAAUGAAAUAAAAGUCAAGUAAGAGUGAAUAUUGAAAAGUUGUGUGGAUGCUAAACAAUUUAUGCAAGUGAAUUUUUGAGAAAUUGCGCAAGAAUUAAUUGUUAAACCCAAAACUGUGCAGUGAAAAUUGCGCACUUUAGCAAAAGGGCGAAGUGAUAAAAUAAUUUAUUGGCUUAUUAUCAGCUGCGCAGUUAAAGUAUAAAGUAAAUUUCGUGAAAAAAUAUUUAUUUGUAUUUUGUUCAUGUUAUUAAUAUUUAUAUUGUGGAAAAAUGCAUUGGAACGCCAGACAACCGGCUCGUGCGCUUGACAAUUGCAAUUACCUGGUGUGUUCAUAAACUACUGACAAUAACAACAAAAACCACACAAAAUAAAAUUAACAACAAUAAAAGUUAAAAGCAAUCGUUUUUAAAUAGCCUGAAAUACCCAAAAGAAAACAAAUAAAAAUACAAGCGAAGUAAAACGGGGGAAAUGUAAGCAAAGCGACAGCAAAAUUCGAAAAAUUAAAAGAAAAUUAAUUAUUUACAAAAUAGCAGUAACUAGUUUUAACCUUAAAAGAGAUACAUAUUUGCAACACUUUUUCUGGUCACUUGCAUAUGAAUUAAAUAAAUUGAGUAAAUUAACACAAAAUACUUGUAUUAUUACAAAGUGUCUACGAAAUUAAUAUUCGCCAGCGUUUUGUUGACAGAAAGCAGCAGUUGCGAAAAUCUUUACAAUUCAGAAAACACAAAAACAACAAGUUAAUGCGUGCAACCCUUCCGGCGACAACAACACGACCAAAGUGGACAUUUUAAUCCGCGCACGGGUAUUAAUGUGUAUUAGGAGCAGCAGCAACAGCGUAGUACUUAGUUAAGAGUUGAGCAAAAUGAAUCGUUUACGCACGCAAAAAUUCAAAGUAAAUGCGGAAAAUAGCAAUAACAAUAACAACACCAACAAUGAGAAUAACAAUAGUGCCAGUAACAACAAUGUGAGCGGUUUACUGCCAACGAGCAGUCUGCUGAACAAACUAACGAAGCGUUACUCGACGCUGAGCCAUCGCAUUACACGGCGACAUCAUGCCGGCCGCAAAGGCAGUUCGCCACAGAAAGUGGCCUCAGGCAGUUACGAUAUGACCGGCGCGCAUUCGGAUGAUCAUCGUUUGGAAAUCGGUGCACCAGUGCUGAUAUCGACAACGACACUGGAUGCGGAUCGUUUUGAUGUGAGUGAGGAGCGUCUGCGACAGAUUGGUGGUGGCAUAGCGGCGACCAGCACCAUGGUGCGUACAAUCAAUAUACACUCUUCGCCGCAAAUGCCGUCGUCAGGCAGCGAGACGGAAGUGUAUGCCGAUGCCUUAAGUACACCGCCAGUCGUUGAUGAACCAGCUGAAUCGGCUGGUGUUGAGGAGGAGGAACAUUACGAACUGGCAUCGGCCGGAACACCAAAGCUCACAAUCGAGCCUGUAGAUCCAGAUGCUGAUCUCAAUGCGCGUUUGUUAUUGAAAUUACCUAUAUUUCCUGUGCCAGAGAUGAACACGCAAAAUGUAUCAUCCACAUCGGUCGAAUCGCCUGCAAGCAGUGUGGAACAGUGCACUCUGGCUGUGGCAGCCGUUGAAAAGGUGUUGUCGUCACCUAAACCGCGCAUACCGACGCCACCACCCAAAUUACGUCGUCGCCAACACUCGAAAUCAGCGCAGAACCUACACCGCGCCGAGAUGAAGAUCUUUCUCGAGAAAACGCCAUCCAUGACUUUGGAUAUGAGUUUGACUACAGCAGAUCUUGAAAACUGUCGUGACUUACCACGUUUGCCGGAGCUCUUUGGCGUUAGCAAGUGUAGCCUUGCGCCUAGUGAUUAUGAGGGCAAUGAGGCUGAUAAAGAAAACUCAUCUCCGUCUUUGGAGUUGUCACCGCCACAAUGCAAAAGUGAUCCGAAUACGCCAAUGUGCGCUGAGCAAAAGGUAUGUGGCUAUCUCUCGCAACAGCUGCACUUCAAGAGCGUUGAUUCGUUAGAUAUGCGUCACACGAAUGGCAAACGUCGCAGUGUUGUCUUCUCCAGCAACGCUUCGAUCAAUCAGCAUGGCUCGAAAAACAGUCUGACGAGUCACGCCAGCACCAUUGAAGAGUUCGAUUUGAAGUCGGUGAGCUGUCAAAGUCUGAAUGCGCAAAAUCUGUUUGUCUCCAUUGAUGAACUCAACGAGAUCACGCGCCAAAUUAACGAGUCCGAGGAGUUCAAUGAUGAUAUCGAUUUGGAAUAUUGCCUACACCGUGACAACCUCAAGCCCAGCGAACGCCGCAUUACGCUCUUGAAGAAUAAAAACUCGCGUCUUAUCAGUUUCAAUAAUAAUAAAGAAAAGCUUAAGAAAGGUUGGCAUGGCGUUAAGAACUGGAUUGGCGAGGAGAGCACAAAGUUGAAGGAAGUGGUGCAGAAGCAGGCGAAUUUACAACGCGUCGCCACCUCUAAGCUCAGUCUCAACAAUUCUGAGUGUCGUCAAUCGCCAUCGGUGCACGGUAGUGUGUUAUUGCGUGGUGGUGAUAGUCGGGUGGGUAUGCCGGUGCUGCGCGACAGUGACACGAGUGUCGUUAGUAUCAAUCUGCAGCAGUCACAUGGUGCCACGGUCAGCACAGUAACCAGUCCAACGUCUGCCUUUGGCGUGAGUACUGAUGAUUUGGUGGAUGGUAGUGGUGCUGGAGAUGUUAGCGGUGGUGCUAAUGUUGAAAAUGAGGAGGAUUUGGAGUCAUCGUUUACGCAACGACCAGCUGAUGAAACACCAACAGUCGCGAAGUUAUUGGAGGGCCAAAAUGGCUUCGAAGAAUUGCGACGCUACGUGAAACAAGGUGGUGACUUCGGAAAGGAGCUGGUAAUGAUACUACAAGAAAGAGUUGAGUCUGAGACAUUAUACUCGAAAUCUCUCUCGAAAAUGGCCAACAAAUUGAACAAAGCUUGUCGUGAACUGCCCGGCAGCAUAGCCGAUGCUUGGCGUGGUGUUGCUACCGAAAUGGAGAAUCGCAGCGAUAUUCAUCGCCAGCUGUCGGCUUCGCUUACAGAUGAAAUUGUCAAACCACUCAAGAAUAUAGUCGAUGCACAUCACAAAACCAGAAAGUCGGUUGAGAGCAACGUGGACAAGGCCGCGCGCACGCUAGCCGAGUGGCGUGUCAGCGAGUCGAAGGCCAAAAAAUCGUCACACACAGCUGCUCGCGAAAAUGAAAAACUACAGGAUGCCUUACUGGACGUACGAAUACAGAAAUCGCCAUCCAUUGCUCUGCUACAUCAAGGCCCUAAUAAGCUUGCUGCCGAAAAGGAAAUCAGAUCAGCUGAGAAAGAUUGCGCUAAAUUGGAUAGCAAACGUAAGAAGGCCGAGGAGGCUGUCAAACGCGCUGACGUCGAAUACUAUACGCUCUGCAUACGCGCCGAACGCGCUCGUGUCGAUUGGGAGAUGGCAGUGUUGCGCGGCUCCUCUUUGCUGCAGAAUAUCGAAAACCAGCGUUUGGUCAAUAUGAAAAAUUUCAUUGCAAAUUAUUCGCGUCUCACAUCCAAUAUGAAUCCCAUAUUGGAUGGUUUAAUGCAACGUUUGCAGCCCCAAGUCGAGGCCUGCAAUGUGUUGAAAGAUAUGCAAGUAGUUAAGAAUAUACGUCGUAAUUCUGAGGGUCCCAGCGAACAAUUGUUGCCUGAUUUCUAUUGUGAACACACCACAUUGGCUAUGAAUCGGGAGCGACGCAAGCAUGCCCUUAUCAAGCUGCUGCAGUUGGUCAAGGCGGACUUAGAGCGUGAGCGACGCUCACGUAAUGGACUAAAGGGUCUUUCCCAGUCGUUGAACAACCAAGAGAAUCAAAAUAUCACCGACAAGUUGUAUCACAUACGCUCGAUGCUGACCUAUUUGGAGGGUGCACGCUUCAAAUUGCACUCAGCACUAUUGGAAUUGGAUCACAAGCCGAGAUCGUCACAUCCACUGGCACAACAUAUACAGGUUACACGCGAUCGCACCGGCCUACAACAGAGCGUACUCAAAGUGCCGCUCUGGCUUAAGAACAACGAUCGCAUGAGUCAAGACGACAACGCGUCGGUGCAAGAAAACGAAUACGAAUGCGUAAACCAAACGUCAAAUAUAUCCAAUGCCAGCUGUACCGAUCUCAGCAAGGAUAUACUCGUGCGUAAAUUCAGUCGCAGCAAGAGCAACAUUGAAACGCUAAGCAACAAGACACAGCUUUGCAUUACCAGCAUUGAUAAGACAAAGACAAUACCAGCGAAUAUCGACAAUGAUCCGUACAGUGAUCGUGGCCAGGCCGAUGGCGGUUCGAAUCAACAGGAUUCGGAUUUCGAUGAAUUCAGCUCGCAGGAUGAUGACGAUGAGCAAACGACCACCACAAACAGUUCGGGACGCAAAGAACACAAAGCGAUUAUCGAGAAGAGCACAAUGUUGGCGAACGGCACAGCCACGGCCAUGUCUAAUGGUGCGGCGACGACGCCUACAAUCUACCAAAAUGCGGCAGAGCUACAUAACGGACAGAGCAAUAUGAACGGCAAUGCGAAUGCGAAUGGCGGCGCACCCAUUAUACUGAGUCGUUGCAAAGCCUUAUACAGUUAUACACCGAAAUUGUAUGACGAGCUGGAGUUGACGCCGGGCGAUAUUAUCGAGGUGCACGCCAAGCAGGAGGAUGGCUGGUGGCUGGGCGCCUUAGGCAAUCACGUGGGCAUCUUCCCGGCGACUUAUGUGGAGGAAUUCGCUUGAAGAGUGUAGUUUAGGAGUUAUUAUUACAAGUAGGUGUAAAGCAAAAUGUGCGGUUGCAAGUGUGUGGUCUAAGCGUACUCAGCGGACAAGUAUAUGUAUGUAUAUAUCAGAGCAUGCACGAAGGCAGACGUUACGCGCAACGCAGUGAGAACGUUUUCCGUAUUAAACGCCUUAUCAUAAGCAAUAACUUGUCUUCCCUACGACUGCCAAACAGGGUUCAAAAUUGGAGCUCUAAAGUUAUGAGAAAAUCAAUAAAAGUUAGCUUGACACUCUCAAAUUAGUACUAGGAAAGCAGAGGGCAAGCAACACGGAGUUGUUUGCGCGCCAAAAUGGUUUUCGAGAUAUGCAAAAAUAAUAUACACAGAAAUAAUAACAUUUGAGCCAUUUCUCUGGCGAGCUAGCGAAUCUGAUUCGUCAUUAAUUUAUAAAAAUGCAUAAACUCUGUUCAAUUUCCUCUUUUUUUUUUUUGUUUCAAAAAGUAAUUUUAACAUUUAGUUUUAAUGCAGCUUAAGUUGUUAAAUUGAUUUACUUAUAUAUUGCUUAUUAUGUAUGUAUUUAUAAUCGAAAAAGUGUAUAACUUACUAGAACCCGCUCAAUAAAAAAUAUGUGUAACCAGCCAACAACUUAGAGCACAUUCAUGCAUAAAAAAGCUGCGAAUUGAGCGUUAGCGGUGUCAAAAAACAACAAAACAAUAAAACAUUGAGCCACAUAACGGCAAAGUGCUUGAAGUCAUUUAUAUUGCAACAAACAUAUUAUGUUACAUAUAUAUUAUUAGUGCAAGCUUACGUAUAUUAAUAU